AAUAUUUACUAGUUACAGAUUAACGGUUAAUUUGCGCAAAAUUCAUCAUUCUCUUCUGCAGCAGAAGCUCUUGAAUUGAUUCAGAGGGAGAAAAGUAUGGCUCUAAAUCCUCAACUUUUCCACAAUGGAAUGCCGGUGCCAUUCAUCAACGAGAUGUUCGUCCUGGGUAGAGACGGCGUCGAAUUUGAGAUCGACAAGAUCCCCGGCACUCAAGGUGGAACGGUGAAAGCAAAGGGAACUAUCUACUUGUCAAAUAUCCGCAUAGUGUUUGUUGCAAAGAAACCUGUUGGCCAUCUUUUUGCAUUUGAUAUGCCCCUGCUUCAUGUUCAUGGUGAGAAAUUCCACCAGCCAAUUUUCCACUGCAACAACAUUGCUGGUCAAGUGGAACCUGUUGUGCCCGAUACUGAGCAUAGGGCUCUUUACUCGACUCAUUCUUUCAAGAUUCUGUUCAAGGAUGGCGGCUGUGGAACAUUCGUCCCACUCUUCUUCAACUUGAUUGGUUCUGUCAGACAAUAUAACCAGCACCUUGCAGCACAGCCUCGAGUGGAUCCUCUCCUAGCAGCCCAAACUCCAGUGGACGAGAUGAUGAGACAUGCGUACGUGUACUUCCUGCUACACUCUAUCACUCUCUUUGCUAUUUUUACAUCAUGUUCUGCUAACGACAGAAGGAACUCUUGCGUAUUCUGCAGAUACGUUGAUCCUAGCGACCCCACUAGAAUUUUCCUGCAGCAGCCAAAUGCAGAGUCUCAGUUGAGACGCCGCACUUACCAGACAGAUAGUAAUGAAAAGCCAAUGUAAAUCAUUGCUGUUGUUUCCCUCAACUAUACUUGUUGAGGUCAUGUUUGGAAGUUUAUUUUGAAGUUUUUGUGUUGAACAGCAUUUAUGUAUGAAGUGUUUUCAUCUUUUUCA